AGUGUUCAUACGUCCAAUGUGGUUAUGCUCCCGCCUAUAAAAUUAGCAUUCGGCUCUCCUGCAAUUAGUAUCUGCCGGAAUGGCCUCCAUCGAGCAGCAUCUGCCACAUCUCAUCCUUGCGACCUCUUAUGCUUAGUCAGUCGGCGCAUAAUAAGACUCUUGGUUACAUGGGUCUUAGACUUUUACACUUCGUUGCUUUUCAAGCUGAAACCAGGGUUAGCCCAACUAUAA